GUUGAUGAAUUAUUAAAGGAGAGAAAGCAUCAUAGAACCACACGGCUCCGAACGUAGAAGCAAAAACCGCCAGAUAUUUCUUAAAUCCAAUUGGGUUUUCGAUCUGAAGCUUGAUUUCGAUCAUUCAGAGUUCAAGUUUACCUAUUGGAGAUUCACUUAAGAGGGUAAAAUGGCUGUGGCAUUUUCACAGUUUUCAUGGUGGUCGUGGAGCGGAAAGCAUCAAGAUACAAAACUUCGGUCCUCAAAGAAUUCAUCAACGCCUGAUGUAAAUAUGUUGGAAUUAGACAAUUUGAAGUUCCCGUUAGUAAAUGUGGCAUCCUCAACUUCUAGAAGGGUAAAGCGAAAGUGGCAGAGUCGUAGAGAACGUAAAGUUGAUAAGGAAUAUGAUGUUGUGUUGGUUCCAUCAGACGGUGGUUGUUUAUCAGGAUCAGAAUCUGAUGACUCUGAUUGGUCCAUUGGGUGGUUGGAACCUCAUGGUGCUGGUUUUUGUAGUGACAAUGAUGAUGAUGAUUCAGAUGAUAGUUUUGCUGUGCUUGUGCCUUGCUAUGGUCGUGGACGUGGGGAUAUCGUUAAUGCAAAGAAAGGUCCAAAUGACAAGUUCUUGGAUACUAUUGGACAAGUUUCAGACAUAUAUUCUGCUGAGAACAAUGUGUACAUGGAAGAAUGGUUGUCGUCUUUGCAGCGCAGCUGAACGUCUAUUGUAGCCCGAUUAACUGUAAAUAUGUAUCUAUAUGUAAAGGUAUUGAUUUAGUCGACGUGAUGGUGGUGGUGCUACUUAUUGUUUAAAAUUGAUCCUGAUUUGUGACGAUAACAAGAAACAGAUCGAUGUAUCAAGAAAACUGAAAGCUGUUUGGUUUUCCGAUACAAAGAAAUGGGAAAAAUGGAUUGAAGAUUGAAUCAAUUGGUCUUCAGAUUAGCAUUGAUCUGGGAAAGAAUCAAGAUUGAAGAAAAUCAAGAUUUGUUGGGUGAUCUUUGUUAUUAUGUAAAUAAUUUGUUAUGAUGUAAAUAUUUAUUGGAAGUGAGGGUGAAGAAAAGGAACUUCCAAGAAAAGAAAAAAAAAACUGAAGGAUAAAUUCUUGUAAAAUUAGAUUCUAAACUGAAUUCAAUGGUUAGAUGGUUUUUAUGUUUAUACAAA